CCCACCAAGAUGGCGGCUUCGGUGGGAAGCGGCGGCGGGGGCCCUCCGCGGUCCUCUCUUCUGGUGGUGUUCGGCGCUGGGGGCGGCAGGCCCGGCCUCCGUAGGGCUGUGCUGGGGGCUGUCAGAGCCGGGAUUCGCUCGUGGGAUAUUGACCUGACCGCCUGCAACCUCGACCAGCAGCUGAAGCUCUUCGUAUCCCGUCAUUCGGCCACCUUUUCGGAUAUCGUGAAAGGUCAGCGUGCCCUCCAUCAUCGCGGAGAUAUCCUAGAGACGUUAGUUUUGCUGAACCCUUCUGACAAGUCAAUCUGUGAUGAGCUCCGCAACCUGAUCACCGAUUCUUCCCGGCACAAGCUGCUGAUCUUUGCCGGCCCUUGCGUGGAGGAGACGGGGGAGCUGGUGCUCCAGACAGGCACUUUCGCAUUGCGGGACUUCAUCCAGGUCUUUGCUGACAAAGUGGUUGGGGAGUUCCUAAGCUCAGCAGACCCUUCAGCUAAAACCAGCAUGACUGUGGUUUGCCCAGACUUUGGGGUUUGGAAGGAUUCCAGGCUGGGCGAGCACAACCUGUUGGAUUUCAUUGAUCUCCAGUUCAACCCCGGCUGUGUGCUGCCAGAGAUGGAGGGCUUACAGGAGUUCAUCGAAUAUCUUUCGGAGUCCCUCGAUCCCCCACCACCUUUCGAGCUCCUGGAGCCUCCCAGCACUGUUGGCUUCCUGAAGCUCUCCAGGCCUUGCUGCUAUAUCUUUCCAGGCGGAAGGGGGGACUCUGCCUUCUUUGCUGUCAAUGGGUUCAACAUGCUGGUGAAUGGGGGCUCCAAUCCCAGGUCCUCCUUCUGGAAGCUGGUUCGUCACCUGGACCGCAUCGACUCCGUCUUGGUGACCCACAUUGGGACAGACAGUUUACCUGGGGUGAACAGUCUGCUGCAGAGGAAGCUUGCUGAAAUGGAGGAGGAUCCGUCAACUCAUGGCUCCCAGAAUGACGACUGGGUGAAGAACCUCAUCUCACCAGAGUUGGGUGUGGUGUUCCUCAAUGCCUCUGAGAAGUUGAAGACUAUAGAAGGAGACUCGGGUAUCUUGAAGAGCUGCGAUGAGGGCAGUUUGGCCCUGCAGUACCUAGACAAACUGGGCAUUAAGCCGAGCCCCCUCUAUCGGGAUGCUGGCCCCAAGGCAGAACCCACCAUCCUUUUCCAGAAGAUGGGUGUGGGGCGACUGGAUAUGUACGUCCUCAACCCAGUGAAGGGCAGUAAGGAACUAGAGUUCUUAAUGCAGCAGUGGUGUGGGAAUGGCUACCCCAAAGGGCUGGAGCUGCCCUUGCAGUGCUUGACCUCUGUCUGUGCCCUUCUGGUCUGGCACCCUGUGAACCCCGCAGAGAAGAUUGUUCGGGUCUUGUUCCCUGGUUGCACGCCCCCCAGUAAGAUCUUGGAAGGACUGGAGAAAGUCAAACACUUGGAGUUCCUCAAGCAUUCGGUGGUCACUCAGAAGGAUCUGGAGUCUCUCUCCUCUUCUACUCCACUCAAGCAGAAGCGGACAGAGAGCCAAGAGAGUCUCAAGUCAGGUUCUAGGCCGAGUCUCACGGAACCAGGCAUGCCUGUUUCCAAGGAGAAGAGGGAACUGAAGCCGGUAAAUGUCAGAGAUCGACCCAAGGCACCUAGUGAGACCUCAAGAGGUAGCGUUGAGGAAGAGAGAACCAAAGAGGCCAGAUCCAAGUUGGAAUCUUCCACAGAGAGGCUCAAACAAGACGUGAGGCCUAAAUUGUUGAAGGAGAGGCAGAUACCCAAGAAGGAUGUGAAGAAGGAAGAGAAGAAGCUGGCACCAAAGGAAGACCUCGGCCAAGAGAAGGAUGUAACCAAAAGAGAGUCAAAGAUGCUGAAGAAUGAGGGGAAGGCAGAUCCUCCCCGUAAAGAAGUAAAGAGAGAGGAGACCAAGAAAGAUGUCAAAGUGGAGGAGAAAGCGGCGACUAAGCAGCCAGUUCGGAAGCUCCCAGCUGUGGAGGUCAAGAGGCCCCAGACUAAGAUGGGCAGUGUCAGGAAGUCUAUCCCCACCCUCAGAAAGGACACAGAAAAGCCAAAGAUGAAGCUGUCUAAGGAGGCAGCUGGCACCCCAAAGACACCUGGUAGUGCCAAAGGAGGUCGCUCAGAUGUGUCCAGAUCCGCAUCCCAGAAUGGGAUGCAGGAGAUGGAGAGGCCGAGGGGGAGCCCCCGGCAGGGGCCGUUGGGAGCAGAAUCAACUGAUGAAGGCAUCACCACGGCUGAGAGUGAGCUGGAACCUUCACCCCUGGAUGGCAUGGGUUGCCAUGGAGACGGCCCAGAGAGUGCCGAGAAUGGCCUGGGUGUGGCAGGAGAUCCGGAGAGCCCCCAGCCUUUCCGGCACCUGGAGGCCGGCUCCCCUCUGAAAGGCAUUGGCCCACCCUCCCCAUUAGUGAAGACUCCCAAGAGCGAUCGGAGCGUCAACCUUGAGCUGACUCCCACGGAUAUCCAGGGAGGCCUCAACCACUGCCCAGAGGCCGAGGAAGCCUGCGGCAGUUCCGAGGAGAAGACCCUUGAAAUGAUGUCCCCCUCCAGCUCCACCGCAGCUAGUGCUGGCCACACCCCCUUCCAUCAGUCCCCUGUUGAAGAUGCUAUCAUGGCCGAGGAGCCGGUGGCCAUCAUCAAUGCCUGGAGGCCUGAUGGUUCUGUCUCUGGCUCUCGGGCCUCGCGUGACAACUCCAGCUCAUCGCAGGAGAGGCCGUCAGGAUGCCUGUCCCCCAGCCUCUUCCGCGACGACGUCCCAGACGUCUCCCCCACCAUUACUACUCCUUCCCUCCCAGCAGAAGUGGGAUCCCCUCAUUCUACUGAGGUGGAUGAGUCUCUCUCCAUCUCCUUUGAGCAGGUGCUGCCCCCCGUGAGUGAAUUCCCUCAAGAAGAAGUGGGAAAUGUCCGUGCAGGGGGACUCACCCCAGAACCGGAAGGCCCGUUGGGCAAAGGUGGACUGUCUUUGCCCGUCCGACCCUGCCACCACCACCACCAUCACUCCAGCGUGCAGCGGUUGGAUGGCCACGUCCUGCCUCGGUCUGGCCAUCGUUCGGACUCCCCUCACGAUGUGGACCUCUGCCUGGUGUCUCCUUGUGAGUUUGAGCACCCCAAGUCAGAAAGGUCCCCGUCUGUCAACUUCAGCCCCCGGGACAUGUCGAACAGCAGUGACUUCUCUCAAGAGUUGACCAAACCCCUGGCUCACAGGAAAGGCCCGAGGGGGCGCAAGCCGCAUGCGCGUAUCGAUGAGACCCCACCUACUUCAUUCAGUGAGUCGCUGCCCACCCUCUCAGACUCUGACAUCCCACCAGCCACUGAGGAGUGCCCUUCCAUUACAGCUGACGGUGGCUUGGACUCGGAUGAAGAACCGGAGAACCUGGCCCGGACCUGCGAUCCACUCCCAGCCCCCCUGAAAGACCCCUGCCCCCUGCCUGCCCAGCCAGGCAUCUGCAUGGUGGACCCAGAGAAAGAAGGGCCUGCCAAGGCUAAGAGGACCCCUUCGCGGGUGAGCUCUGCACCCCCGAAAGCAGACACCCUGAAACCUUCGGCCCCAAGCAGCAAGACCAAAGCCAGCUUAGCAGGCAAAGCCCGGCUGCCCCCCCUUGGGAAAAGCGAACCGUUGGGGUCUCGAGCCAGUGGGGAUGCCCGAGCCCCCCUCGCCAUUCGCAGGCCGUUUUCAGGAGCUGGCAGGCAGUCUCCAGCAGGCACCAAGUCUGCCCCUCCGUGCCCCCCGGUUUACCUGGAGCUGGCCUACAUCCCCGGUGCCACAAGCGCCCAGCAGGUGGGCGAGGACUUCUUUCGGCUCAUCCGAUCCCAGUGCUACGUCGUCAGCGGCGAGGACCACAUUAAAGAAGGCGUCAUGAGGGGCAUCCUGGACGCGCUGCUGUCUGGGAAGCAGCAUUGGGCAAGCGACUCCCAGGUGACCUUGAUCCCGACCUUUGACUCCCAGGCCAUGCACGAAUGGUACUUGGAGACCCUGGAGCGCCAGCGGGAGCUGGGUGUCACCGUCCUGGGCAGCACCAGCACUGUGGCCAUGCAGGACGAGAGCUUCCCAGCGUGCAAGGUGGAGUUCUGAAGGGCUGGCGGGCUGCGUCCAGUUCGGAGCCGAGAGGUGCUUUGAAGGAUGGGGCCGGCGGCUGUGAUGGGGGCCGUGUGAGCUCCUCUCCUUUGCCCACUGGUGGCCGGCAUUGGCAGCAGGAGACGAGACUUUUCUGCCUCCUGUGUUAGGAAGAAGUUGGCCUGAGACUUUUCCUGGGGCAUGUUGUUGUCCCCACAGCAAAUAGCAUUCACUGUCUGGUUUUUUGCAUGUCCACCGCCAGAGGCCUCGAGCCCUGGUUUAAGCACACGGAAGAAGGUGGCAGAGUAGGGGGAAGGGGAGCUGCAGCUGGGCCAAGCGAUCUCCCUGCCUUGGCAAGCAUCCCCACUGGAGGCACUGGCACACUCUACUCUCUUGCUCCGCCCCUCCUCUCCCCUACCUUUCCAGUGGCUACAGCCGAG